CCUCCCGGGCCGGCCCGGCGCGAUCCGGGGAGGGCGGCCGCGGGCAGACGGCGCUGCGCUCGGCCGGGCGGCACCAUGCGGCGCCUGCUCUGCGCGCUGGCCGGGCUCGCGCUGCUGCGCGCCGCGGGCGCCUUGGCCGCUGCGGAACCCUUCAGCCCCUCCCGAGGAGGCCCGGCUCAGGGCACAGGAUGUGACAGGCACGGGGCUGUCCAAGGCCGUCUGGACGUCAUGGAGGAGAUGCUGGAGAAGACGGUGGAGCACCUAGAGACAGAAGUGAAAGGCCUGCUGGGCCUGCUGGAGGAGCUGGCCUGGAACCUGCCCCCCGGGCCCUUCAGCCCGGCCCCCGACCUCCUUGGGGAUGAUAGCUUCUGAGCCCCGAGGUGGAGGAGCCCGGCAGCCGGGGGUAAUACACCUGCG